AGUCAGUGGUAUAAAGUUAGACGAUUCAGUUGGUGCCAAACACGACGAGUUUCGGCUGCGGCCGUUCUACGGUCCCUUUCAAUUUGUUUAACAAUCGGGAUCUCAAAAUCAUUCCCCGGGACAACAAUUUACCGUUUCCCAAACGUUGAGCUACUGCUGUCAUCUUUGAAUUGACUACAAACAAUUUUGGCCUCGUCGGUUAUAUUAUUAUUAUUAUUAUUUUUUUUAAAUAAUAAACUGGGUUCUAUUAUUGUUAUUGUGCGCCAUAUAUCAUUGGCAACAGUGCGUCUGUAGCGGUGGCCCGUCAAUCUCCCUUUUCUCGUUUCCUCUGUUGCUCUACUUCGUUAUCGCCACACAUCCGUUCGAUGUUACAGCCUUUCGUCGCUACCAACAUGUUGUGCGGCAGAGUUUUACAAGUCACUCACUGUGGCGUUGAAAGCAGAGUCAUGUAACAUUGUGGCGAGUCUUCAAAAAUUGUAGCUUCAUCGCCGUCGUGAACUGUACGCCCAACGGGAAGAAGAAUCAAGAAAAGAAGGAUCGCUGUCUAUUUCCGACAUCUGAAAGUGAGGCCAGGCGCCGUGCCGUUUUUUCCACAGGAUGGCAAUCACGCAGUAUUUUUGCACUGCUCUUUUCGUGCUGUCUGCUUGCUUUCCGCGUGGUUGUUUGAGCAUUCAAUGUUAUCAAUGCGGCGCACAAGACGGCGACGCCACCCUUUCAUGCGACAUUUUCGUCAAAGCGCCAAUGUGGCGCCAAUUUGAAGUUGAAUGCCCUACGUCACCGGCCCACCUGUGCGGCAAAACUAUUACCCACUAUGAAGACGGAUCUGAGCCAAGUGAAGUCAGAGGAUGCGCUCCAGCUGAGAAUGCCUUUCAGGUACCCAACCGGAUGGGAUGCGGACGCGAUGAUGGCACGGACCAAACUGUCUUUUGCCUUUGUGGCACUGAUUUGUGUAACGGCGCCAAUCGUCUGCCGGCUUUACCUUCGAUUACAUUCUCCUUUGUGUUUGUGCUCAACUUUCUCAUUCUACGCACGUUCCUUUCUUCUUGAUGGGACAGGAAGAUUUUUUUUUUUUUUAAAUGUUAGUGCCUUUGUGAUAUAGCAGUGAAUCGUCAAUAAAUGUGGCGGCCAAA